AUGGGUUACUUCAAUUCACACUUUUCUUAUUCCCUCGUUGUUCUGCCUCCCUCCUUGCGUGUGCAGCUGAUGGCAGCAGUGGUGGUGACAUUCGUUAGUGUCACCGGCAUCAUGACCACCCAUUCUUUGCCCAAUGUCUCACAUUCGAACCACUUGGUUCGAAUCCACUCGCCUCUCAACCACUCACUACCAAGCAGCACCGUGCACCAAGCCUUUCCACCCGCCCCUGCCACCCCUCACUUGCCCACGCCCACACCACACCUGCUGUUCCCUUACAGCAACAACACCUCCUCCUCGUUCACUCUCCUGUCCGACCCAGCGUCGGCCCACACCCUCCUUCUCCCCAUCAACACAUCACUCCUCCUCCCACCCCUCCUAUCCCUCUCCCUCCCCGCCCUCCCCUUUGUCUCCCACCACUUCUCCUCGUCGCAAGCUGAUGGGGCAUCAGCUCUCUGGCUCUCGCCAGCUGCUCGCCUGGCAGCAUGUCCCAACGCAUGGUCAGGCACAUGGUCAGGUGUUCUAUCAGGUGUUGCAACCAGUGCACGGGCACGUGAGUUGCUGAAGGGUCUCAGCAGCUUGCCAGCGAUGAGCAGCACGAUCGCCGCACUGCGGUCGCUGCUCUCGCUCAUGCUCUCCGCCCCUCGCCUCCUCUUCGGAGCUGCCGCGGCCACAACAGCAGCAGUCUCGCCUGGGCUGGUACGCGUAUCCGAAGCAGUCUCGCCUGGGCUGGUACGUGUAUCCGAAGCAGUCUCGCCUGGGCUGGUACGUGUAUCCGAAGCAGUCUCGCCUGGGCUGGUACGUGUAUCCGAAGCAGUCUCGCCUGGGCUGGUACGUGUAUCCGAAGCAGUGUCGCCUGGGCUGGUACGUGUAUCCGAAGCAGUCUCGCCUGGGCUGCUGGGUCUGGCACUGGCAUAUGCGCUGCCCAUAGUGUCUCUGCUCAACGGCACGCUCACCUCCCUCGCCGACACCGAGAAGGACAUGGUGGCUGUGGAGCGCGUGCUGGAGUACCUGGAUCUGCAGCACGAACCAGACGCCCUUGGCCUGAGCCCCAUCCCUGGCGCACAAGGGCAAGGCGGGGAGGGUGCAUGGAAGGGCGCACAUGCCGGAGGAGAAGGGGGGGCGGCCGCAGGAGGAGGGGAAGUGGGGGAAUGGCCAAGGGAGGGGCGGGUGGAGUUGAGGCGUGUGAGCAUGGCGUACCGGGUGGGGCUGCCUCUUGUGCUCUCAGACGUCUCCUUUGUCAUUCCGGGCGGCUCUCAGGUGGGCAUAGCGGGUCGCACAGGGGCAGGCAAGUCGUCCCUACUGGCCGCCCUCUUCCGCCUGCGACCCCUCACCCUGGCCUCUGCCACCACCGCCACAACCAGCAGCAGCACGAGCAGUAGCAGCAGGGCCAGUGGCAUAUUCAUUGAUGGCGUCAACACUGCCCAUGUCAGCCUCUCCUGCCUGCGCACUGCCCUCGCCAUCAUUCCACAGACGCCACUCAUCUUCCACGCCCCUAUCCGAGACAAUCUGGAUCCCGAGGGAAGGCAUGCUGACGUGGCAUUGUGGGAUGCUGUGAGGAAGUGCCAUCUCGACGCAGCAGUGGGGCGGCUGGGAGGGCUGGAUGCCAUGGUGGGUGGGGCGGCAGGGGGGCUGUCACUAGGAGAGCGGCAGCUGCUGUGCCUGGCUCGAGUUAUGCUCAGAAAAUCCAAGGUGCUCUGUUUGGACGAGUGCACGGCCAACAUUGAUGCUGCCACGAGUGCACUCAUGCAUGCCACUAUAGCUCGGGAGUUCCAUGGCGUCACCACCAUCACCAUUGCGCACCGAGUCUCGUCACUACUCUCCCUCCGACGUGUCCUCAUCUUUGAGUCUGGCGCCCUUGUACGUAAACAGUGCUAUCCUUACAAUGUUAUGUUUGUCAUCCUUUAA